CACGCAUCGUUUGUUUUAUUUGCUCCCGGCCGGCCCGGUUCUUUUGCUCUGCAUAUGAUUGCGCCCCCUUUGAAAGAGCGCACUAGGGAUCGGAGUACAAGCGGAUGAGAGAGCGCGGCAGUUCAUAUUGCGGUGCGGCGGCGGCGGCGCUGCCCUUGGUAUUGGCCGUCGUCAUUUUAUCAGUGCGUGUGAAGGGAGACAACCCUUACAGAUUGUAUACAUGGAAAAUCACUUAUGGUGAUAUUUACCCUCUGGGUAUCAAACAACAGGGCAUAAUCUUGAUCAACGGGCAGUUCCCAGGGCCGCAGAUUGAUUGUGUCACCAACGACAAUUUGAUUAUCAAUGUCUAUAACUUCUUGACUGAGCCCUUUCUGCUCUCCUGGAAUGGGAUACAAGAAAGGAGGAAUUCAUGGGAGGAUGGGGUGUACGGGACGACAUGUCCGAUUCCAGCGGGGAAAAACUUCACAUAUAUGUUACAGGCAAAGGAUCAAAUAGGGAGUUAUUUUUAUUUCCCAUCUCUCAGAAUGCACAAGGCUCUUGGGGGCUAUGGUGCCAUCAGAAUCUACAGCCGCCCCAGAAUCCCGGUUCCUUUCCCUCCCCCUGCUCAUGACUAUACCGUCUUAGUGGGAGACUGGUUCAAGAGAACUCAUCAGCAAUUGCUGUAUAUCUUGGACAGUGGGCAUAACCUUCCAUUUCCCGAUGGGCUGUUAAUCAAUGGUCGUGGAUGGAACGGUUAUACUUUCAUAGUUGAUCCAGGGAAGACGUACAGAUUCAGGAUAUCAAAUGUGGGAGUUGCUACAUCGAUCAACUUUAGAAUACAAGGACACACGAUGAAGCUGAUAGAGGUUGAAGGGUCCCACACACUACAGACCAGCUUUAGUAACCUGGACAUCCACGUAGGACAGUCCUGCUCUGUUUUAGUGACAGCAGACCAGCAGCCCAAAGAUUACUACGUCGUGGCUUCUUCUCGGUUUAGCGCGCGAGUACUGACCACAACCGCGCUUCUCCACUACAGCAACUCCUUUGUGGGAGUGUCUGGGCCUCCCCCGAGAGGGCCAACCACACAAGUUGAGUGGUCUCUCAACCAGGCAAGAUCUAUACGCUGGAAUUUGACAGCCAGCGGGCCUCGACCAAACCCGCAAGGAUCUUACCAUUACGGACUGAUCAAACCAUCGCGAACCAUCGUGCUCGCCAACUCCGCCCCCUACAUCAACGGAAAGCAAAGGUACGCCGUGAAUGGGGUAUCCUAUGUGAAUCCGGACACGCCAUUAAAGCUUGCAGAUUACUUCAAAAUCGGGGGAGUCAUCAAUCUCGGAGCCAUCCCAGACUUUCCCCGCGGCGGCGGCGCGUAUCUCGGAACAGGAGCUGUCAUGGCUGCCGAUUUUCGGUCUUUUGUUGAGAUUGUUUUUCAGAACUGGGAGGACACUGUCCAAUCUUGGCACAUAGAUGGGUACUCUUUCUUUGUGGUCGGAAUGGAAGGAGGUGAGUGGAGCGCGGCAGCAAGCAGGAGGGCAUAUAACUUGCGAGACACGGUUGCGCGGUGCACAGUGCAGGUGUACCCACGGGCGUGGACGGCAAUAUACAUGUCUCUGGACAAUGUUGGGAUGUGGAACAUAAGAUCGGAGGAGUGGGGAAGGCAGUAUUUGGGCCAGCAGUUCUACCUCCGAGUUUUCACUCCCUCAACCUCUUGGAGGGAUGAGCUUCCCCUCCCCACCAAUGCUCUUCUUUGUGGCCGCGCCCAUCCGUAGCUACCUUCCCCUUUUAUUAUUCAUUCCGCCCUCCCCAAUGAUCGAUCAAGGUUUUGAUAGUAUACCCAAACCCGUUCCAUCAAUACAUAUCAUCUCUUUGUCAUAAUUAUCGUUAUUUUUUUCUAUCCUAAAAGGUCGAACUAAUAAGAAGAGCUGCUCAAUAUCCUAUUUUGUAACUAGGAGUAAAACAUUAAGGGUGCAAAGUUUUGUGUGAUCCCAUUAUUACCAUAGGAGUCAAAAGACACGAGCGG